AUGGAGGAAUCCCGUCUCCAUGGCGACCCGGCGGGAACAGGACGGCCAUUGUCUGGAGGAGGGGGCCGGUCCCCGCGGUCCCCGGGCUGUCCCCCCACGGCGGGGACACGGGGCCGCCGCCGGUGCCCACGGCGGGGGCCGCGGGACCGGGGGACACCGGUGCUGCCGCGGUCCCAGACGUGGGAGCCGUCGAGCGGCGCGGAGCACGCCGGGAGCUGCAGUCCGCCGCCGUCCCGGCCUGCCCCGCGCCGCCCGCUCGCCCUUGCCGCCGCCAUGUUCCGCGCCCGCCGCCUCCUCCCGCGGCUCUUCGCCCGCCGGGCGCUGCUGCCGCCGCCGCGCGCCCGCGGCUAUGCCGAGCCUGCCGGCGGCCCGGUGCCCAUGGCCUUCACCUUCGCCUCGCCCACGCAGGUGUUUUACAAUGGUGCCAAUGUGAAGCAGGUGGACGUGCCCACACUGACCGGCUCCUUCGGUAUCCUGGCCUCUCACGUCCCCACCCUCCAGGUCCUCAAACCAGGAGUCGUGACAGUCUAUGCUGAGGAUGGCACGGCCACCAAGUACUUCGUGAGCAGCGGCUCAGUCACGGUCCACGCAGACUCCACCGUGCAGGUGCUGGCAGAGGAGGCGGUGACGAUGGACAUGCUGGAUCUGGUUACCGCAAAAUCAAACUUGGAGAAGGCAGUUUCAGAGAUGGCUGCAGCAUCUGAUGAAGCAGCUAAAGCAGAAGCUCAGAUUAAAGUAGAAGCUAAUGAAGCCCUUGUAAAAGCCCUGGAGUAAUUAAGGAAUCCCACUGUCGAUGUAGAGAAACCCCAGGCUGUCCUACUUGUCCUGGCUUCCCCGAUUGUACAGAUGGUGCGGGACAAAUGGAGGCGGAGAAAACGCUCUGAUCAAUUAAAAGGAAAUGUAAUCCCG